AUGUUGCCUGCGCUGGUGGUGACAAUGACGAUGGCUAAACAACCGCCAACAGUCAUGGUGCUCGGGAAAUCUGGCGCGGGCAAAUCGACUCUGUCCAACUAUUUCCUUUACAACUCCCCCAGACAUGAUGAUGGCUUCAAAGCGGGAAAAGGUGGUACCCCCGUGACAGUCAAGUGCGAGGCAAAAUCGGUUGAAGAAACUCCAGCCCCCGUCGGGACGGGAAAGCCUUGUGGGCCGCUGACGAUGAUAGAUACUCCGGGAAUACCCGACCCUCGCGGGCGGACACCUGAGUUCUACGACGAAAUAGUCCUUACGAUGAGGCGGAUCGGUGGUCUCAAUGCCCUCGUAUUCUUGAUCAAUUACUGCGACGAUCGUGCUCAAGUCCUUGAGGACUUCAAGACGCACCGCAUCCUUCUGGAACAGUUCAACGGUCUCGUCUGCCCAACGGUAUUCAUUUGCCGGUUCAGCAGCAACCCCGAUCUGCAGGACUCGGAAAAGGAGGUGGAGAGGGAGACUGUGCAGAAAUGGGUCAAGCUUCUCAUGGCCGAGGUGAAGUUGGAAACAUCUUGCCUGAUACUCGUGAACCAAUCCGAGCCCCAACGCGAGCCGCUGUUCAAAGCGCGGCAAAAUUUGGCUGAGCUACCCUUCACUCCCAUCACGGAAAUGAAUAUUCGGACUUGGGACAAGGUGGGGAAGAGCAUGCGUCGUUUGGUAGACGGGGACACUCGCCGUGAGGAGCUGGAGGAGAAAAAGCGUAUUUUGACGACGUUGAAAGAGCAGGGUCGGGGCUACUGCAACGACCUCCAGAUAUUGAGCAAGGAGGAUGAUGCCCCCAAGGAUGCUCCCAUGCCCGGUGGCUUCUGGGGCGCCAUCUGUGAUUUCUUCAAGUCGUUGUACCUGUUGAUCGAGCUCCUGUUGGCUUUGUGGGAGAAGAAGGAAGCGGAUAUUGACGGGCAGUUGCAGAUUGUGCAGAGGGAAUUGGAUGGAGACGACAACGUCAAAGUGAUGGCACUCGAGCGCGACGUGAACGCGCUGCGGGAGCUGGAAAAGCUGGACCAGAUGUUUGGUAUCCCUAACGUUGAUUCCGGAGAGAUCGUGGAGCCCCAAGAAUUGGGGGUCGCUGGGGACGAAUGGGAAUUACUGGCGGAAAAGUUGCAGGCUGGUGAGAACUACCCUUCGAAGGAUGGCCGUAUCCGCCUCAGCGUUCAGCGCGGCAGCCUCAGUGGCCCUGAACCAGGCCCCGUUCGCCUUCGCUUUUCUACUCAGCUUCUAAGCUGCAAGGGUCAAGACUACUUUACCAACACCAUCGUCCACUGUCCCCCAGAUAAUCACUUCGAAGAGCCGCUGCUGCUUGACUUCUUUCUUGACGACCCUGCCGUAAGCAACGGGAAAGCGACCCUGAAACAAGUUCUCGAGCGCUACCAGAUUCUGCGCAUGAGUCACGGUGAAAACGAAUGGCAGCCGUUGGAGCGUCACGACAUGACCAUGGUGGAAGACCGCGGUGCGAUCUAUCUGAGGGCUCAGGUUUACCACUUUACGUUGUUCUCCUGCUGCAUGAAGUGCGACCCUACAGGCGGGAUGACGUGGUUCAGCCACACGGACAAGCAGGGGGUGCUAGUGCACAAUGAUACCAACCAACAACUGUUGUUAGUCGUGCUGCCCACGAAGUACGUGGCUGUCUGUGACAAGCGACACGCCGUUCAGCUUACAGUAGGUGGGUCACUACCUGGUGGUGAAGGUAUUAAUGUCGGUGGGAGCUUCGAACCCCAUGUGCGAACCGAGUAUGUGUGGUUACCCCAAGGGGAAGCCCCUUCGAGUCAAGAAGUCUUGCCAGGGGCGCAAGAGCAAAAGCUGAGGCUGCGAGAGGUUGAGUGCGUAGAGCGUCUCAUCAUCUGCUCUACAUGUUUCGUACCCGAAAAGCCCUCCUCGACCCAAGCUACACCCCCGUCACGCCCUAGCCCUGGGCAGAUGGCCCCGUUGUCGACUGUCCGUAGCGGCGAAGACGAAUAUCGUUUGGUGGAGUUUUAUGAUGACCCCAUGGUUAAGGGGGGCGACGGCCUCGUCAUUCAUCAGUCCCGUUUGGAUGCUCGGCCCCGGGAUGAGUGCUUGGUUCGUGCAAAGGGGGUGGACCUUAAACAUGUUGCCAUGUUUCUUGCAGGCCUGGGUGGAGGUAGCGGAGAGGAGAUAAAAGACGCAGAGGAGAUUAAAGGCGCAGAUGAGACGAAAGAACCUAGUGCGAAGUGGUACUCCCAAGUUAUUCCGUUAGGGGGUACGGAUGACCAUGUUUUGCGCUCCGGGCAUCGGAUCCCAUCAUGGUCCAGUUGUUGUUUUCAUUGGGGAGAACUUUUUGGGGAAUGUUUUUUUCGAAUGGGAAGGUUUGUUAUGUCGUGGAUAUAUAUCCAGGUGGAGGAGGAACACCGACAGCUUCCACACUCAUAGCACCUUCGAGCACAAAGGCACAUUGCACACUUCGAAGCAUUGUGUUAACCCAGCAUGGUACACACGGUGUUGCACGUGGCUGUGCUUGUUCGUGUGUCACGUCUUUUUUUUAUUGGUUGAUUGUUGAUUUUCGUUGGAUCCAGGCAAAAGACAAUACCAGCUCUGCACCAGAUUUUCGUAUGCUUUAAAAUAGCGUGAAGGGUUGUCAGCGGGGGGGCUAAAUUGUGUCUCUUAAUGAGGGUUCGGAAUUUCCUCGAGGUUUCCAGAGUCGGAGCGGGCAAGCAAAAGCAGUCAAAUCCAAUAUUUUUGGUUGGGCGUCCUGGUGUUGUUCUGGAAAGUGGUAGGCUGUAGUACAUUUGUCUGUGCCAGACCGUAGAACAUUCUAGAGGUUCGUGAGGGCACCCGAGGAAAGGAUUCGCUAAAUGGCGGCGAUACCGCAGAAGGACGGCUGGGUGGCACUCGGGAGAGGAACCCUUCGAUGCGACGGCUCGGAGUAACCUUCAGCAGAUAAGAAUGGCAAGGCCGGGUAACGUCUUCUUCGAGUUCUGUCGAGGCAAUGAAACUAAAAGACGGCAAAGACCCAAAUUCUUUCGAAGUCGGCCUGUUCUU